AUGGCGGUGCCGCUGUGUCGGCCGUGGUCCCGCUGGCGCUGGGAAGGAGCGGGGGCUCGCGCUGUUCGCCUGACGCGCCUUCGAAUCUGUCUGGCGGGUGUUGUUCCUCCUCGCUCGCGGCCCCGCUUUCGUGGCUUCGGUAGGAUAAUGGUGAAUUCUAAUAAUGAAGACCUGGUACCGGAUGACAAGCCCCCCAGCUUUGGGAUAAAUCGUGCUGGAGGAGGUCCACUGGCCUUCUUUCCGCAGUGGAAGCUGAAGCACUACGAUGUUGUUGUAGGUGUUUUGUCAGCUCGACACAAUCAUGAACUGCGCAGUGUUAUAAGGAACACUUGGUUCAAGCACCUGAAACAACACCCUGCACUGAGCCAACGUGUCCUUGUGAAGUUUAUAAUAGGUGCGCAUGGUUGUGCUGUGCCUGUGGAGGACAGAGAAGACCCCUACUCCUGCAAACUUCUGAACAUCAGUAACCCAGUUUUGAAUCAGGAAAUUGAAGCGUUCGGUCUCCCUGAGGAUGUACCUUCUGUGCUAUCCGAAGACAGAAUUGUCAGUGUGAACUUCCGUGUACUUUACCCCAUUGUCAUUACCAGCCUUGGGGUAUUUUACGAGACUGAUGGGGUGGGAUUCCAGAGGAACAUCACUGUAAAACUCUACCAGGCAGAACAUGAGGAGGCUCUCUUCAGCGCUCGCUUUAGCCCACCAAGCUGUGGGGUGCAAGUGAACAGGUUGUGGUACAAGCCCGUGGAGCAGUUCAUUUUGCCGGAGAGUUUUGAAGGUACCAUUGUGUGGGAAAGCCAGGAUCUUCAGGGCCUUGUGUCGAGAAACCUUCAUACCGUGAUGGUGAAUGAUGGAGGGGGUGUUUUCAGAGUCAUUACAGCAGGGGAAGGGUCACUGCCACACGAACUCACAGAAGGUGUGGAGGGCAUAGCAGGUGGUUUUAUCUACACUAUUCAAGAAGGUGAUGCUCUUUUAAAAAGCCUCCAUACUCGCCCAGAAAGGUUUACAAGUCACAUAAAAAAUCUUGAAAAAGAAGACGCUUUACUGAAGGAAGAAAGCAGUACCUAUGAUGAUAUUGUUUUUGUAGAUGUUAUUGACACUUACAGAAAUGUUCCCGCCAAGCUGCUGAACUUCUACCGAUGGACAGUUGAAUCAACGAGUUUCGAGCUGUUGCUGAAGACAGAUGAUGACUGUUACAUUGAUUUGGAGGCUGUUUUUAACAGGAUAAUGCAGAAAAAAUUGGACAGGCCAAACAUUUGGUGGGGAAAUUUCAGACUAAAUUGGGCAGUUGACCGAACGGGGAAAUGGCAAGAGCUGGAGUACCCAAGUCCUGCAUAUCCAGCCUUUGCUUGUGGGUCCGGCUACGUCAUCUCCAAAGACAUUGUUCAGUGGCUGGCAAGCAACUCUGAAAGAUUAAAGACGUACCAGGGUGAAGAUGUGAGUAUGGGCAUCUGGAUGGCAGCUGUAGGACCCAAGCGAUACCAAGAUAGUCUCUGGCUGUGUGAGAAGACAUGCGAGAGUGGCAUGCUGUCUUCCCCCCAGUAUUCUCCACAGGAACUGAGCGAGCUCUGGAGAUUAAAGGAGCUGUGUGGAGAUCCGUGUAGAUGCGAGGAAAGAUGAUGGACUUGCCUUGGAAAACAGGGUAGCAUAUCAUGAUGAUGAAAACGUGUACAUUUGGAUUCAUUCUUUAAACAAUAAGGAAUAUUAAGGUAUCUUUUAAUGUUGGGUUUCAACUAAAGUAUAUUUGCACAUCCCUUUUGAUAAUUACAAGUGGACUGAUGCUACUCAUUUUCUAUAGCAUAGAUGUUGGUCUGACAAAAACCAAAAUGUUUAAGAUAAAAAAAUUUCCUUUUUAUAUAAAGUCAAAGACCUACUUAUAAUUAAUAAAUGCACAUAAGAAUGCCAACUAGCCUGUCUGUUGUAAAUUAAAGUACUACUGAUUUAACUCGGUAUGGAGCCGUGCCAGGAUCCAGUGCAGAGCUGUGCUGGGCCCCAGCGUGUCUGGUAAGUCUCGCUGCAG